AUGAAAUCUCAAGCUGUCUUUACUUAUUCCUUCCAUACCUCCAGAGAUCCUUGUCAUUUUUAAUUUACAAAGACCAUCCAAUAGAAACAUAAACAUUCAUUUAGUGAUCUCUUUGCUAGUAAUUAAUUAGAACAGCGUAUCAAUUAAAAGAUAAGAAGAAAGAGUUGUCAUUGCAAUGAAUGUGGUAGAAUGAGCAAAUUCCAAUACAAGUUUAUGAAUCUCAAGCAUCACUAACCACAACCAAGGAAUCAGAGUUACACUCUUCAUGCAUCAACAGAACAUAGGCCAAUUUAAAAUAGAUUCUCUAUUUAACUUCCAAGUACAUCCUACUCAUUAUUCAGAUAUCCAACACAUUCGCAAAAGUUAGGGCUCCUUUCGUGUCAGUAGAAAAUAGUUAAUCAAUGAUAAAUCUGAUGAACAAAGAUCUCCACUUAUGCUCUACGACUCUUCCUUUGCCAGGUCCUCUAUUAGUACAACCUAGAAAUUAUUGGAAGAUACUGCUCACAAAAAUAAACCUUUCAGACCAAGUGUUUUUCAUUCUCAUGAUGGACCUUCUCCACUUGUACUUAAAUCUCAGCAAUUAAUUACUGAGAGACUUCCUUAAACUGAAAGAUCUACAAAUACUAAAAUUAAACUCCGCAAUAAUCCUAAACUCUUGUGCCCGCUCUUAAUUGGGUUUACUAAAAAAGUUUUAACUUUUUCAAAAAUUAAACCAACUUAGACAAACAAACACAAUAGAUUUAAAACAUAAUGA